AUGUUUGAUUCCCUUGUGGAGGACAUUGGAGAAGAAAAUGUUGUUCAAGUUAUAACAGAUAAUGGGAGCAAUUAUGUGUUGGUUGGUAAGUUGUUAGAAGAGAAAAGACCCCAUCUCUAUUGGACUCCUUGUGCUGUCCAUUGUAUAGAUUUGAUGCUUGAAGACAUUGGAAAGCUUCCUUUGAUAAAGAAGACAAUUCAAAGAGGAGUUAGUCUUGUUGGAUUUAUCUAUAGCCAUUCUAGUACCUUGAGUCUGUUGAGACAAUUUACAAACAAAAGGGAAUUAGUAAGACAUGUCGUUACAAGGUUUUCUUCCUCUUGUUUAUCAUUACAAAGGUUGCAUCAAGAGAAUGGAAAAUUGAGAAAGAUGUUCACUUCUAAUGAAUGGAGCAAUAAUAAGCUAUCUAAGGAAGCCAAUGGGAGGGAGGCUACAAAAUUUGUUCUUAUGCCUUCAUUUUGGAAUCAAGUAGUGUUUACUCUUAAAGUCAUUGCUCCUCUUGUUCAUCUGCUUUGUCUAGUGGAUGGGGAAAGAAAAGCAGUUAUGGGUUAUAUAUAUGAAGCAAUGGAGAAAUCCAAGGAAAUAAUAAUGAAGUCAUUCAACAAUGAUGAAAGUAAAUACAAUGAUGUAUUUACAAUCAUUGAUAACAGAUUGACAUGUCAACUUCAUCGCCCCUUGCAUGUUGCUGGUCACUUUUUUAACCUAGAGUUUUUUUUUUCCAACCCAGAUAUGGAAUAUGAUUUGGAAGUUACAAAUGGAUUAUAUGACUACAUUAGGAGGUUAGUGCCAAGUAAAUAUGUGCAACAAAACAUUUUAACUGAGUUGCCUCCUUAUAAGAGUGCAAAUGGACUCUUUGGUGAUGAUUUUGCCAAAGAAUCAAGGAAGACCACAACUCUAGUGGGAGAAGUUGAUGAUGAUAACAAUAAUGAAGAUGAGGGUAAUGAGUUGGUUUUUGAUGAUGAUCUAAGUCUUUAUUGGGCAACUGUUUAUGAAGCUUCAGGUAUUGAAGAACUAGUAGUUUAUACAAGGAGACAAACAACUAAUAAAAGAAAGCAAUCAUCAAGUGGUGGUAUUGUUAUUCAAUCAUCAAGUGGUGGUAUUGUUAUUCCAUCAUCAAGUGGUGCUAUUGUUAUUGGAUCUUCUCAUACUUCUAAGAAAGGUUCAGGUGCAACUCUAACUCCAACACAACCCAAGAAGGGUAAAGAGAAGACUCAAAUUCAAGUUCAAAAUGAAUUGCAUGAUAGUUCUGAUUCCGAGUUUGAAAGAUUACUUAACUUUGAUAGAGUGUCUUAG